AUGCCAGCCCCGCCGAGGAGAUGGAUCAAAGAGCCAGGCUCUGUAACCUUGUGUGUAAGGAGAGGGCUGUGGCGUCACUCUCUGUGGAUACUGCUCAUCCUGCUCGUAAUCUGUAUUGCCUUUCAGACCUUUGUCGCCCGCCAGACCAGGAAUGACAAGCUGACCAGACUUCCUCACCUGAACAACAAACACCAACUGUUCCCCGCUGUGAAGAAUGAAGGCGUCCGUUCUCAGGUUUCACCUGCAGUCAGUACACACGUGAGGUCACAUCAGACAGAAAGAGCUGCAGAGCUUCAUCAUCAGAAUGAAAGAUAUCAAAAGCAUUUUCUGUCCAGACAUGUGGAUAACAUUGCUCCCGGCUCUCGGAUAGAAGUUUCACCUGGGAAGCUGCUUCUACCAGAACAUGAAACAGGCCUUGGACUUCCAGAUUCUUUGACUCUUGGUUUAACUGAAGAGACCCCCUUCCCAUUAAGUAUUUUAAAGGCUCAAAGUAGUAUCCAUACUAAAGCAACCUGCCAUCCGAAGUCUCACAUUGUUUUCCUUAAGACGCACAAAACAGCAAGCAGCACGAUCUUAAACAUCCUGUAUCGCUACGGUGAAAGCAAGAACUUGACCUUUGCCCUGCCACUGAACAAACACAGCCAGUUGUUUUACCCGUUCUCCUUCGCUUCACACUUUGUGGAAGGUGUCAGCAGCCAGAGUGUGAGGCAGUUCCACAUCAUGUGCAACCACAUGAGGUUUAAAAAAUCUGAGGUAGCCAAAGUGAUGCCUGAGGAUUCCUUCUACUUCUCGAUCCUGAGGCAUCCUGUGGCCAUGAUGGAGUCUAUCUAUAUCUACUACAAGAGCAUCCCGGCCUUCCAGAAGACUCACAGCUUAGACGACUUCCUCGACAACAGCUGGAGAAACUACAACUCGUCGGUGCCCAACAACCACUACGCUCACAACAUCCUGGCUUUCGACUUUGGCUUUGACAACAAUGUUGCAGCUGCUGCUGAAGACCUAGAGGAGAGAGCCGGCACGGCUAUUGUAGACAUCGAACGGCACUUCCACCUCAUUCUUAUUUCUGAAUACUUUGAUGAGUCCAUGAUAUUGCUCAAGCACGCCCUCUGCUGGUCCCUGGAAGACGUGGUUUCCUUUAAACUCAACAGUCGCAGUGAGCGAAGUCGUCAGCCGCUUCAGCCCAACACUGCAGACAAAAUCAAGAGGUGGAAUGCUUUAGACUGGAGAAUCUACCUGCACUUUAACACCACUUUCUGGCACAAAGUGGAUACUCUCGUUGGGCAAGAGCUGAUGAGGACUGAAUUAUCUCAGUUGAGAGAGCUGCAGGCCAAGUUAGCAAAGAGCUGCCUGAAGGACGGCGAGGCGGUCGACCCUUCCCAGAUAAAAGACACCGGGCUGAAGCCGUUCCAGUACGGAGCAGCUGUCAUUCAGGGUUAUAACCUAAACCCACAUUUAGACAGUCAAACCAAAAUAAAAUGUCAAAGACUUAUAACUCCAGAAUUGCAGUAUACAAACCGUCUAUACACCCUGCAGUUCCCAGACCUAGCUGCAAAGCUGGAAGCCAAGAUGGUUGCUCCACAGCGUCAACACUCAGAUAGAACUGGCAUGAUGGGACGGAUGGUCUGGGCCAGUGAAGCCCACCACAGACACAUUAUAAGAAGAAGAUUUUCAAAUCUCAAGAACCAAAGGGCCCCCUCAAGUGCCCUGUUAAAAAACACAAAAGCUCGCAACAAAACAAGUAUACCAUGAUCUGUAACUGUUGGUUAUGGAAGUGGGGUUGUCUGAGGUGGUAAACCAAAGUCAUUGUACGUCCUAUAGUAGAUGGCAGGUAGAAUAUUCUGAAUCUAA